AUGUCCCAAACUGCCGAGACAGAGGGCUGGGCAUACCUCGAGGCCAUGUACCAUCUCUGCAAGAUCAUAUCUCAGCGGCUCAACCCUGACGCUGCCUCCAACGCUACGUACAGUCAGAUCUUGGAUAACUGCAAGGCUGUCGAACAUAUCCGGGAUAAAUGCCUGAAUCAGCUGCGGAACAAGGAUGCUUGCAAGUCAGCAUUGGACCGCCUACAACAUUUUGCCAUUCGGUUACACACUUCGUUCAUUCUGUCAGUUUGCUGUCGGCCAGCUUUGAUGCGUUCCGAGAGUACCCGUCUCGACGCGCCACAAAAGAAGUUCCUUGCCGACAGAUGCAAGCUGAAUCUGACCGAGACAGUGCGCAUGUUUCUCGCCAUGCACCAGCUUUCAGUCAUUCCCACUCGUUCAUGGGCCUUCACCUACCAUGGGCUUUCCUCGGCUGUGCUUCUGGGAAUUCUGGGUGACUCCAAAGGGGAUCCUGAAGUCCGCCAACUGCAAGGGGACCUGAUAUCGGCGCUUUCGGCAACAGCAGCCAAGGAGCAAACGUCCCCCCAACCGCACAUCCAUCGGUCUGACCACGAUAUUGAACUUUCGGGUCCCCUGUCCCGUGCUCUGAUGGCACUCAAGAAUAUCUACGAUCAUGGGUCCGUAAUCGGCCCCGGCCCCAUGAAGGAGAGCGGUGUGAACUCUGGCGCGGGCUCUGGCACCCGAACACCACUGCAGCCAGGGACUCAAUCAGGAUAUCCUAUUCAUGGUCUUCCGCUGCCACAGGACUCCAUUUCCCGGAUGCCCACUAGUUUGGAUCCACAUCAAAAUGCAGCCUUGGCCAUGGCAGAGAUGCAGCAGAACGGAGGACAAUUGGACACUCCUGAUCCGUUCGGCACUCCGGUAGACUCGAUGAAUUUUGACUUUCUUGCGCACCCACCACCGGGCCAACCACAGCAGCAGUUUUACUUCUAG